UGAUAUAAUCAUAACUUUAACAUCCCAACUUUUCUCCCUGUGUAGUUUUUACCACACACGCACAUACAAGCACGCUCUCGCGCUCUCCCAUUUGCUCUCGCAACGUUGCGGCUUUUCUGCUUCUUGCCACUGCUACGUAUUUUUUUAUCUUAUUAUUUUGCACCGCUUUGUUGAAUUUUGUCAUAUUCCAAUAAGCAAACACAGCGACACCGAAAUGCUAAUUGGCCCAACUAACUACACCAGUAAAAAACGAGCCAAAAAAAAAACCAAAUGCAAAACUCUAAAAAAAACGGGAACUCCAAAAAAAUAUUCAAAAAAUCGCAAAAACACAACAACAAAAAUGAGCAAAACGAUGCGGUGGUCUUUAAGUUUACAAAUGUGGUCUGUCUGAGCCGCAAUGAGUCGUGGUUUGUGUUCCAUACUUGUCGCCUGAAGGCUAUUAGACGUGAUAGGGUUUUGCUCAAUAUAAAUGGAACUAUUCUGCAUCCGGCCGAUAAUAUAAGUAUUCAUGCACAGAUCUUUAAAAAAGCAAGCGGAUUUAAGCCUUGGUUACUAAAUGCCAAAGUUGAUGGUUGUCGCUUUAUGCGGCGAAACUACAAUCCUAUUAUAGGUAUAAUCUUUGAUCUCUUCCAAGAUUUCUCCAACAUAAAUCACUCAUGUCCAUUUGUUGGUCCACAAGUGGUGAAGGAUUUUUAUCUGAGGCCCGAAAGAUUGAAGCUGCCAUUUCCAACAGGGGACUACAUGUUAUCUCUAAUAUGGCAUUUCUACAAAAGGCCUCAAUUUGAUACAAAUGUGUCUUUUUCUUUCGUCGAAGAUCUUUUAAAUAGCAAUUAAAAAUUGUGGCAAUUUUAAAAAUUAUUUAUCUAUAUCUUCCUAAAUAAUUGUUCUGUGGUAGUGGCAAAAUUAUUGUAUUCCGAAUUGAAGAUUUUUUUUUGUAAGCUAAAUACUAGAAAAGUCGCCCUAUAAUUAAGAAAAACUUUCUUGUUUCAAGAAAAAUUAGCUCUAAAGAUAAGAUAAAUACCCAUAAAAAAUGUUCUAAUAUGCCAAAUAUGUUUAUAUGAAUUGCACACUUGUUUCGAGCGGAUUGCUCUUAAAAUUUUCUUAAUUUAAGGGCAAAACAUCGAUAUUUUCAAGAGCAAAAGGUUUUAUAAAGUCGAGCUUAAAAUCAAAAAUUGUGAAAUGUCAGGUGGGUGUCUCCGCUAGGUCAGCGAAUACACCCUCCUGACUUAGCGCGAACAUACACCUAAUACUUAUUGUUUUGCAGCACUGUAAUUUCGUGUUUACGCACACUACCUUUGUUUUUAAA